GCGGUUCCCGGCCCCGCGGCCCCGGCCCGGCUCGUCCCGGCUCGCCGACGCACCCCCGCAUCCCCAUGCCCGCUCACGGCCGCCCGCCGGCAGCGGCUCACGCCUGCGGAGCGGCGACGCGCGGGGCCCCGGGAGGCGAUGGCUGCGGAUCUGGUGGUGCUGCUCUGCCUGGCCGCCGCCGCGGCCGCCGUGGAAGAAACUCUGAUGGAUACACGGACGGCGACGGCCGAGCUGGGCUGGACUGCCAACCCUCCUUCAGGGUGGGAAGAAGUCAGUGGCUACGACGAGAACCUCAACACCAUCCGGACGUACCAGGUGUGCAACGUCUUCGAGCCCAACCAGAACAACUGGCUGCUGACCACGUUCAUCAACCGGCGCGGGGCUCACCGCAUCUACACCGAGAUGCGCUUCACUGUGCGGGACUGCAGCAGCCUCCCCAACGUCCCCGGCUCCUGCAAGGAGACCUUCAACCUCUACUACUACGAGACAGACUCUGUCAUUGCCACCAAGAAGUCUGCCUUCUGGACAGAGGCACCCUACCUCAAAGUGGACACCAUUGCUGCUGACGAGAGCUUCUCGCAGGUGGACUUUGGUGGCAGGUUGAUGAAGGUGAACACAGAAGUGAGGAGUUUCGGGCCCCUGACCCGCAAUGGCUUUUACUUGGCUUUCCAGGACUAUGGGGCUUGCAUGUCUCUGCUCUCUGUCAGGGUCUUCUUCAAGAAGUGUCCCAGCGUGGUGCAAAACUUUGCCAUCUUCCCAGAGACGAUGACGGGAGCAGAGAGCACCUCUCUCGUGACCGCCCGGGGCACCUGCAUCCCCAACGCCGAGGAGGUGGAUGUGCCCAUCAAACUGUACUGCAACGGGGAUGGGGAGUGGAUGGUCCCCAUCGGCCGCUGCACCUGCAAGGCUGGGUAUGAGCCAGAGAACAACGUGGCCUGCAGAGCCUGUCCCGCGGGGACGUUCAAGGCCAGCCAGGGCGGGGGGCUGUGCGUGCCGUGCCCCCCCAACAGCCGCUCCAGCGCCGAGGCCUCGCCGCUCUGCUCCUGCCGCAACGGCUACUACCGCGCUGACCUGGACCCGCCGGCGGCCGCCUGCACCAGUGUCCCCUCGGGCCCCCGCAACGUCAUCUCCAUCGUCAACGAGACGUCCAUCAUCCUGGAGUGGCACCCGCCGCGCGAGACGGGCGGCCGCGACGACGUCACCUACAACAUCGUGUGCAAGAAGUGCCGCUCGGACCGGCGCGCCUGCUCCCGCUGCGACGACAACGUGGACUUUGUGCCCAGGCAGCUGGGGCUCACAGACACACGGGUCUUCAUCAGCAGCCUCUGGGCACACACGCCCUACACCUUUGAGAUCCAGGCUGUCAAUGGAGUGUCCAACAAGAGCCCCUUCCCGCCGCAGCACGUCUCGGUCAACAUCACCACCAACCAAGCUGCCCCUUCCACCGUCCCCAUCAUGCACCAGGUGAGUGCCACGAUGAGGAGCAUCACUCUUUCGUGGCCCCAGCCCGAGCAGCCCAACGGCAUCAUCCUGGACUACGAGAUCCGUUACUACGAGAAGCUGAGCCGCAUCUGCACCCCUGACAGCGGCAGCGCCGUGGGCUCCCGGCCCCCUGCGGACCACAACGAGUACAACUCCUCCAUGGCCCGCAGCCAGACCAACACGGCGCGCAUCGAGGGGCUGCGGCCGGGCAUGGUGUACGUGGUGCAGGUGCGCGCCCGCACCGUCGCCGGCUACGGCAAGUACAGCGGCAAGAUGUGCUUCCAGACCCUGACUGAUGACGACUACAAGUCUGAGCUGAGAGAGCAGCUGCCGCUGAUCGCGGGGUCGGCCGCGGCCGGCGUCGUCUUCAUCGUCUCUCUGGUGGCCAUUUCCAUCGUCUGCAGCAGGAAACGUGCCUACAGCAAGGAGGCUGUGUACAGUGAUAAACUACAGCACUACAGCACUGGCAGAGGUUCUCCAGGCAUGAAGAUCUACAUCGACCCCUUCACUUACGAGGACCCCAACGAGGCAGUCCGAGAGUUUGCCAAGGAGAUCGAUGUCUCCUUCGUGAAGAUUGAGGAAGUCAUUGGAGCAGGGGAGUUUGGAGAAGUGUACAAAGGGCGCCUGAAGCUGCCUGGCAAGCGGGAGAUCUACGUGGCCAUCAAAACCCUGAAAGCUGGCUACUCGGAGAAGCAGCGGCGGGACUUCCUGAGCGAGGCCAGCAUCAUGGGGCAGUUCGACCACCCCAACAUCAUCCGCCUCGAGGGGGUGGUGACCAAGAGCCGCCCCGUCAUGAUCAUCACCGAGUUCAUGGAGAACGGCGCCCUGGACUCCUUCCUGCGGCAGAACGACGGGCAGUUCACGGUGAUCCAGCUGGUGGGGAUGCUCAGGGGCAUCGCUGCUGGCAUGAAGUACCUGGCAGAGAUGAACUACGUGCACCGAGAUCUGGCUGCCAGGAACAUCCUGGUCAACAGCAACCUGGUGUGCAAAGUGUCCGACUUCGGCCUCUCGCGCUACCUGCAGGACGAUACCUCCGACCCCACCUACACCAGCUCCUUGGGGGGGAAGAUCCCCGUCAGGUGGACUGCACCGGAGGCCAUCGCCUACCGCAAGUUCACCUCGGCCAGCGACGUCUGGAGCUACGGCAUCGUCAUGUGGGAGGUGAUGUCCUUCGGGGAGAGGCCCUACUGGGACAUGUCCAACCAAGAUGUGAUCAACGCCAUCGAGCAGGACUACCGGCUGCCGCCGCCCAUGGACUGCCCGGCCGCGCUGCACCAGCUGAUGCUGGACUGCUGGCAGAAGGACCGCAACGCGCGCCCGCGCUUCGCCGACAUCGUCAACACGCUGGACAAGAUGAUCCGCAACCCGGCCAGCCUCAAAGCCGUGGCCACCAUCACCGCCGUGCCUUCUCAGCCCCUUCUCGACCGCUCCAUCCCCGACUUCACUGCCUUUACCUCAGUAGACGACUGGCUGAGUGCUGUGAAGAUGAGUCAGUACCGGGACAGCUUCCUCACCGCUGGCUUCACCUCCCUGCAGCUGGUUGCCCAGAUGACGUCUGAAGACCUCCUGAGAAUAGGAGUGACUUUGGCUGGGCACCAGAAGAAGCUCCUGAACAGCGUCCAGUCCAUGCGAGUCCAGAUGAGUCAGUCUCCGACCUCGAUGGCAUGACGUCCCUCGUUCCCUGGGGAGAGGGGAUGGGGAGGGCAGAGGCAGGAGGGGAGCAGGAGGCCACGGGGCAGCUCUUGGAGAGGUGCCACCGGGGCUGGGGACGCUGCGACCGCAGCCCAAGGAUGUCCCUGGGCCUCGCCUCUGAGCGGUGACUGCGGUUCCUCACCACCAGAAGCACACUUACCGAUGGCACGGGGAACAGUGGAGAGAGACCUAUAAAUAUGUACAAACCAGAUAUUUAAAAACAAAAAGAAAACCAUAACAGACACACAGCAACCAACAACAGACCCAGUGAAGACAAACCGACGUGCAUUGGGGAAGCAACCCCAAACCCUAGAGACCAGACUGCAAUCCCACCACCAGCGAGCAGUGGUCGGAACGGAGGAGGAACGAACAAAGGGCUGUUGGGGAAGGGGGGAGAGGCAAGAGAUGGAGAAACCACCUUCCUUUUUUUGUGUUGUCUUCUCCCUCCCUGCUCCCAGCCCGGGUGGCAGCGUCCUCACACAUCCAUCUCCCCAGCUCUCUGCCGCUCCGGCGACUACCAAAGGACUUUGCUGACCACUGCAUGGGGGAUCCGACUCAAUCCAGUUAAUGUCUUCAUAUUGAAGAAGAGAUGUACCUUCAAUAGAAACCUUGGGGUUGGUUUUUUUUUGGUUGGGUUGGGUUUUUUUCUCUUUUGCUUGCUUUUUUUUGUUGGGUUUGGGGGUUGUGGUGUGGUUUUUUUUUUUGGCCAAAAAGGGAUUAAAAGGAAAAAUAAUCCAUCCUGGGAAAAAAAAACCCACCCCACCAAUGGCAAGAGGUGUCUCCCGUGUGUGUGUACCCUGACACCCUACUGUGGACUUGCUGCUUGGCCCAGGAUCACUGCUGAACCCGCUGCUUGCCAGCCUGGCGCUGGGCCUGUGCCCCCGGGAGCAGGGGCAGCAGGGCCGGGACUGGCGGGGACCAGCACGCCCAGGGCCGGCGGGGACGGGACUGGAGGAGCUGCCACGUGCCUCAGCCCGGGCUUGGUGGCUGCUGGAGAACGGAAACAGACUGCUAAGGCCUGCAGAGCCUCAGUGAUUGCAGAACAUGGCUCGGAGGACUCUUUGUUUUGCCCCUCGUCUUGCGGACCUGAGGAUUUUGAUAGUGAUUUGCAGAGUUGGGUUUCGUGGCUUCAGAGCUUCGUUCCUGUGAUGGACCCACCGCUCAGCUGAGGAACAGGACCAGGAGCUGCAGGAAUGAGCUUGUUUCCAAUCCCCACGUUCCCCCUGGAGAAGGAGGCAGAGAAAAACACCCCUUGUUUGCAACAGCAGGGACUGCUCCUCGUCCUGUCUGAGGUUGCUGCUACCCCUCAGGAUCCUCAUGGGCCAGAUGUGCAUUCCAGGCUGUUGUCAGGCUGAGCACAACACAGGGAUGGAGCGGGCGCCGCGCAUCCUGAUCCAGCACCGCGCCGCAGGGACGGCCAGAUGCCCGGGAAGGAUCCUCUGGGGCCUUUGGGGUGGGGUUUUGAUGGUUCCCCUUUUAUUGGAAGGAAGCUCAAGGCAUUUAAAGAAGUGAAUGGUAGUGACACAGGUCCAGGCUUCACCUCCCCUGCUGUGUGUGGGCCAGGCAGCCGGUCCUGCAGCCAGGGACGGGGUGCAGUGGAGGCUUCUUCUCAGGAGGUUCCCAAACCCACCUGGAUGUGUUCCUAUGCCCCCUGAUGCAGGGGAACCUGCUUUAACAGGGGGUUGAACUAGAUGGUCUCUAGAGGCUUCUUCUAACCCAGCCCCACACACCUUUCCUCCAGGCUGGGAUUCAUCCAUCACACAGGGUCCUGGUGGGUUCCUCUGCCCUGUGCUUAGUGCUGGGAGGUGCCCUUGGCUGAUGGACCCCGCUGGGGUGGAUGCUGGCCCCAGGCUGAAGCUGGGCACCUCCUGCUCUGGCUGCAUCACAGAAUCUCAAGGGCUGGAAGGGAGCUUGAAGGAUGAUGCAGUCAUGCCCCCUCUGCUCUGAGCAGUGGGACACGUGUUCCUGGGUGACCUGAUCUAGGUGGGAUCUGCUUGAGCAGGGAGGUUGGACUGGAUGAUCUUUGGAGGUCCCUCCAAACCCCUACCGUUCUAUGUUUCUAGAUCCCAGCUUGCCUUUGAGUGAUCCCACCUCUCCCUGCCCUGACCCUGUCCUUUCCCAGGCACACUCUGGGGCUCUCAGCUCCUUCUCUGCAGUUCUGUUGCAACUGCACAACCCCAGGCCCUUGUCUGUCCUUUGUAGAGAUUGGUUUUUGGGGUGGGGCUGUGUCUGUGUUGGCUUUGUUGCAUGUAGCAUUACAUCCAAAAAGGGACUUUUUGCUACAACCCCCCCUGCCCAAGUGUGGACUGGCUGUUGGGAGCCCCUCUCCCUCCUGCCCUCCCCAGUGCCAGCCCGGCUGUGCUGCCGCGCUCAGCCUCCCCUCCCAGCCCCCAUGGGCAGUGCAGCUGCCUCAGUGCCCCUGUGUUUCACACAGCCCCGUGCCUGGGGAGCUGUGCCACGCAGGAGGCAGCAGCUUUCUCAAUAGCAGUGAUUGAAAUGAGCUGUUGUGGGGCUGCAGAGUGAGCUCGGGCAGCCGAGGCGGGAGCGGGCACUGAUGGAGCUGGUGCCUCGUGCUAGAGAGGAAAAGAAAAGAAAGAGAGGUGUUUGGUGGCAUUUAAUGACCUUCAAAUUAACAGUUCUUUGAAAGCACUUAUGUAUAUUUAAUUUGCAAUGUUGCUGCAAGUCAGAGCAGGGCUGGGAUGGGAACAGCAGGCGGCCGGCUUUUAAAUGAGUGAGUUGGGGCUGUUGUUGCUGAGCCUGUCAGCCUGAGGCUCACACUGCUCCUGGCUCUGGGGGAGAACAGGGCUGGCUGCCCACAGCCCCUUCCCUUCCCCUCCCUGCCAGCUCUGGGCUGAGCCCCAGGGGAUCUCAGCUCCUCUGGAUGGUGUUUCCCAGUGCGGAGGAUGCUACUCCCAGCUGGGAGGAGUGGCUGGUUCAGCAGCCUCUGCUGCCUUCAGUGGGAUCUGGGAAGGCUGAGAGUUGGGCAGAGAGGAACCUCCUGAGGGUCACCAAGGGCAAGGGCAGAGUCCUGCAGCUGGGGAGGAACAAGCACCUGCAGCAGCACAGGCUGGGGGUGACCUGCUGGAGAGCAGCUCUGGGAGAGAGACCUGGCAGUGCUGGUGGGCAGCAAAUAAACAUGAGCAGCAAUGUGCCUUCAUGGGCAAGAGCCAGUGGAAGCCUGGGGGCAUCAAGAGGAGUGUGGGCAGCAGGGUGAGGGAGGUUCUGCUGCCCCUCUGCUCUGCCCUGCUGAGUCCUGUGUCCAGUUCUGGGCUCCCCAGCUCCAGAGGGACAGGGAACUGCUGGAGAGAGGCCAGUGCAGGGACACCAAGAUGAUCAGGGGACUGGAGCAUCUUCCUUCUGAGGAAAGGCUGCAGGACCUGGGGCUGUUUAGUCUGGAGAAGACUGAGGGAGGGUCUCAUUAAUAGUUACCAAUACCUAAAGGGUGGGUGUCAGGAGGUUGGGGCAGCACUUCCUUCUGAUGUAUCCAGUGACAGGACAAGGGGAGAUGGGAAGAAGCUGGACACAAGAAGUUCCAUUGAAGCAUAAGGAGAAACUAUUUCAGUGCUGAGGUGAGGGAGCCCUGGCCCAGGCUGCCCAGGGAGGGUGUGGAGGCUCCUUCCCUGCAGGGUUUCAGAACCCACCUGGUCACAUUCCUGUGCCCCUGACUGAGGUGGGACCUGGGGAGGAUUUAACGCCCGUGUCAUCAUCUGCUUUGGUGCCUCUUCUGUGGAAGAUCCUGCCAGGAUGGAUGCUGAUCUCAUUAUGACUUGGAUUCCCCUCAGAUUGUUUUCAGAGAGCCUGAAGGAGAACUCCUCUGGCAGUUCCCAGUUUCAGAAGAGCCAGAAAGUUCCUGGGUGAUGACAGAGGAGAGGCAAAGCCCACACUGAGGGGACUCUGUGCUGGGUUAUUUCAGCCCAUCAGAGGUUUCUCCAUUGCUCCUGUUCCAGCUUAUGUUCUUCACACAAUUGGUUUAGAUUGCAAGGAACCUUUACAGAUCAUCUGGUCCAACUCUCCCUGCCAUGAGGGAGUGGCUGUGCCUGUCCCAGCUGAGCUCAGCCUCCCUCACACCAGGAGGUGCAAGAGCUUCUGUCAUGUUGUGCUCUCCCCGAUUCUGAUGCCCCUGGGCUUUGGCUCUGCCUCUGUCAUUGCACCUUGAUGGGUUGUGCUGCCAGCCUGGGCUUUGGUGUGGGAAGAGGAGCAGAGCACAGCUGCUGUGGUGAGGAAAGAGCCUCCUCUGCUUUGUGUGCUGGGAGGAGAUGUGGGAUGGAAGCAGACACACACCUGGGGGCUGCAGGCAUCCGUGGUCUCUUGGUUCACAGCACAGAGCAGGUUGGUGCUGGGCAGGGGAAUGCAUGUGCCUGUGGUGACCACAGUGCCCUUCACCUGGGCCUUUCUGUGUUGUCAGAGCUGCUGGCACUCUGGGCACAGCAUCCCAUGGCCAUCCCCUUUGGCUGCCUGUCCCCCACGCAGCAGCAGCCUGGGCAGAGCUGCCUGCUCCCUCCCUGCCUCUGCCUGAGCAUCUCUGCUGCUUCUCUUCUCCUUCCCUUGGCCCUCAGCCCCUGGCUGCCCCUGGAGAAGCCAUCAGUGCUGGGUGGUGAGCUGCCCACGGGGGUGGAUGGCAGGAUGGCAUUGAGCCCUCCUGGCCCAGCUCUGCAGGGAGGUGCUGGGGGAGGGUUAUCUGAGCAAACCAUCUGUGUGAAUGCUCGGUGGAUUAGCUGAACUCUGCUGGUUCCCACAGCAGAUGUGGCCUUUGGGGGCAGACAUGGAAGUGGAUUAGGCAAAAAAUCUCCUUUAGGCUGUGUUAAUUCUAGAUAAGUGUAGGGGGAUUAAUGCCUAUCCACUUAAAACAUUAAUUGGAGUCAACUUUCCUCCGUGUCCCUGAGGAAACAGGGACCAGCAGCUCUCCCCAGCCCAGCCUGGGGCUUUGCCUUUCCCUCCUCUGCACACUCAUCCCCACACCCUGCCCAGGACCUGAUCCUGCUCCUCCCCCCGUGGGUAUCCUCAGGGGGCUCCUUAGGCAGCUGAACCCUGGCAGGAAGGUCAGGGAGAGAGGGCAGGGAAAUGCUGGUGCCCAUCAGUGCCAUUAUGGAUGCACUAAUUAGCAGGGAGCAGGGCUGGUGGCAGGAGGUGCUGCUGGUGCCAAGUGCUGCCUCAGAGCAGGAUGAGCCUCCUGGCACAGAGGGGCUGGAUGCAGCCCGGGGUGCUGUGCCACAGCUCUUUGGGUUCCUCCCCUUUGGCUGAGCUCUCUGCUCAUUCCUCAGUGGAAGUAUUUGGGGGAGGUGUCAUGGAGUCACAGAAUGGUGGUGGUUGGGAGGGACCUUUGGAGCUCAUCCAGUCCAACCCCCCUGCAGAAGCAGCUCCCACCUAG